UUGUGUUAGCGCUGUUGGGAUUCAGUGAGGCAGCAGGGGGAAAUCUGGGAUAUCUGGGGAAAGGGGAGUCGGUGAAAAAACCGGGACUAAACCGGCAGAAAUCCCCGACGAAGGCUUGACCGUCACACCGCGGGGUUUCCUACCGGACACUAGUCGUCUCUCUCCCCGCUGGUGGCUGCGGGUUUUCUCCCAGAAACCUGCCCUGGAUCCGCACAGGUGAUUGAAUUCCUCUCCACUCUCUGCUCUGUUGGAGCUGGACUGAGCUGAGUUAGCAGACCAAAGAUGGAUCAGCUGUCGGACGAGGAGGUGGAGGUCAGGGGGGAUGGGGAGGAGGAAGAGGAGGACAGCGACAAGGAGGACCAGGACCUGGAUAAGAUGUUUGGAGCCUGGCUGGGAGAGCUGGACAAACUCACGCAGAGUCUGGAUGACAGCCGCCCGGAGCAACCCCCGCAGCAGAAAGCUCCCCUCAGACAAGAGACCAACAUGGCCAACUUCUCCUACAGAUUCUCCAUCUACAACAUCAACGAGGCGUUGAAUCAGGGCGAGAACGUGGACCUGGACGCUCUCAUGGCGGACCUCUGCUCCAUCGAACAGGAGCUCAGCACCGUCAACGCCAAGCCCAACAGCAUCGGCAGCAUGGCUCGCCUGGGGUUGACCGACACCAAGGUCCGUCAGAAGCCUCCAGCCGGGCGCAGUAGCCGGCAGCAGCCAGCAGCAGCAGCAGCAGGAGGCGGCGGCAGCAGCGGUGGUGGUGGCGGAGGUGGUGGUGGUGGUGUCAGCAACAGUGUUAGCGGUGGAGGGGGCAGCAGCGGGGCGAGCAGCAGCAGCAGCAGUGCUAGAGCGUCCCCUGCCGGCACUGUCAGAGCUCCCGCCGGGCAUCCUGGGAGAGCGGCACUGGCUUCCAACUUCAGUCUUGACGACAUCACCGCCCAGCUGGAGAAGGCGUCUCUCAGCAUGGAUGAAGCUGCUCGUCAGACCUCCUCACACUCCCUUGGCUCCGCCUCCUCCUACACGUCGGCCACGAUGCGACGGCCCGGAUCGUCUCAGCGCCAGCACCGACGCACGGGAUCCGUCGGCACAGUCAGCGAACACGAGGCGCGUUCAAUCGUUCACUCCUCCCGCUCCUCCGUCACCUCGGGGUCCGGCGUCUCUGUUAACUCCGCCUCCUCCAUGGACUCGUUGGACAGCGUCCUUUGCUCCGAUGAACCGGACGGUCAGCAGCCCUCAGUGCUGCCCUCAGCUGCCGGAGCCGGUCAUGGUCAUCCCCACACGGAGCACUCCUAUCUGGACAGGGAAACCUCUCUGAUUCUGAGAAACAUAGCAGGGAAACCCUCCCACCUGCUGACCAAGGUGACGCCCCAUUCCCUUCUGCACGCCCCCCCCCCCUCCUUUGUAUCUCCAUGCAUGAAGCAAGAAUCAGGCGCUCUUCCCGGCAUGCACCAUCCUCAGAUCCAGAAGAAGUCUCAGUACAUCAAGUACCUCUGCUGUGACGAUGUCAGAACCCUCCAACAGUGGAUCAACAGUAUUCGAAUCGCCAAGUACGGGAAGCAACUGUACAUCAACUUCCAGGAGGCGAUGAGGAGGACGGAGGCGGCCUAUGAUUGGUCCUCCCUCUCUUCUUCCUCCAUCAAGUCAGGAUCCAGCUCCAGCCUUCCAGAGUCCCAGUCCAACCACUCCAGCCAAUCGGACAGCGGCGUGUCAGAGAUGACGUCAUCGGGCCACACCCGCUCCCAGAGCGCCGUCAGCUCCAUCUUCUCCGACGCCUGGAGGAGAGGAACGCAAGGAGAGAUGAUGAGGAUCGACCCUAUCAGUAGGCCUAUCCCUGUCCAGAUACUCUCCCCCCAGCCCCUGAUCCCGCCCUCCCGGACCAGCUACACCGACGGCCUCGUCCCAUCUGACGAUUCCUCCCCGUCACCGCCCUCUCCACCUCCGCCCAUGGUGAAUGUGGCCCAUCAGACUACAACGACCCCCUCAUACAUCAAGUACAGCACGCUGGCUCGCCUGCAGAGCCAGAACCAGUCCUGGACGCAGCCGGCCGGAGCCGCCCCAUUACCUGCCCUUCCCAACCAGUCUACCAAAUCCAAUUACAACACCCUCCCAGCUCCUUACAGCACCUCCCCUCCGCUGCCACCGUCUCCCCCUCCUCCUCCGCCGCCUGUGACGCCGGCUGCUGGCUCCGCCAUGGCCGCGCUGAAAUUCGGUGCAAUAAGCCCCUCUGGGCUCCCACCGCCGCCCCCGCUGGAGGAGGAUGUGCAGGAGCCCUCCUACCUCCCGCCUCCUCCACCGGAGAGCCCGGAGGCCAACGGGUUACCUCUGCCUCCCCCACCAGAGCCCAUCUCCGACCUCUGCAAUAACUUCUCCAACAGUGGCCUCCAGGAGUUCCUGUCACAGAAGUUUCCUCACAUGGUGUAUGACUUCAGCCAAGAGAUGAUUGAGGAUAAUUCUCCUCUUCCACCUCCAGCCGAGCUUUCUCCUCCAGCCACCCUGCAAGUUCUCCGGCCUCUGUCCCCCAACGCGCCCCCUCCUGCCCCUCCCAAAACCUUCACUGGUGGUUUUCCCCCUCAAACCGCCCGCAAACCCUCGGGUCCUUCUUCCCUUCCAAUCGCCCUGUCACCUGUGUCACCAACUCAGUCCUUUGGCGGUCAUGGGCCAGUUAAAAAGCAGCAGAGUUUCUCAACAGGACAUUCCCCAAAUCAGCCACCUCCCACUCUGCCGAAGCAGCACAGCCUCUCCUCCAAAAACCUAACCAUCUCCCCCUCCUCCUCCUUUUCCUCCGUCUCCAUCGCGGCCGCUACCUCCUCUUUGGUCAAACAGAUUGUCAAUCAGUUCCCAGGAAACUCUGCCCCUUCCUCUCUGCCCGCCUCCAAUUCCAUGGAAGGAUCGAAGUUCACCGCUCCUCAGUCUCCCCCGGCAGUCAAGGCCAAACCAAAGUGGCAGCCAGGAGGCGUUGUGGCUCCGCAGUCCCCAGAGUUCCCCCCACCUCCUUCUGACAGCUCGAUUGGAGAGUUCCCUCCACCCCCGUCUUCAUCCUCCUCCAAGACGGGCUCCCCCAUAAAAAAGUCGCCUUCCACCUCGUCCACGGGAUCCAACAAGCGUGGGCCUCCGCUGGCCCCGCAGAGAGCCUCCUCCAUCCGGUGUAGCUCAGCGGGCGAGACCCAGGAUGAGAGGCCAAACAAGGUGGAGAGCCUGGUCAGCAAAUUUGGCCAAACUCCUCAAACGGGUACCUCGUCCAGCUCCUCGUCGGCGACUGGGUCUCCUUCGAAAGAUUCCUCUGCACUUCCUGCUCCGCUUCCGAAGCCGGGGAAGCUGAACUUGGCGAACCUGCCGUUGGCCCUCCAGGGGCUGCAAACAUGCCAGCACCAUCCGCCCUCUGAGUUCCCAUCCCCUCCUCCCCCACCUCCCCCCGCCCAGCCUCCUCACCUCGACUCAUCCCCCGACUACUUCCCGCCUCCCCCCAGUGACUUUGAGCUUUUCCCUCCUCCUCCCCACCCGUCAGAGUUCCAUCACCCGCCAAAGGUGGCCGUGGUGAACCCCCAGCCUCAGAUGCAUCCGCCUCAACAGUCGGCACCUUCCUCCUUGUCGUCGUCGUCAUGGAAACAAGGGUCAUUGAAAAAGGGGGCCGUCCUUCCUCCGACACUGAACCGGCGGAUUAGCAACACGACCCAGUAUGACAACACGACGUCGAUGCCCCUCUCUCCGCCUCCUCUGUCUCAGACCCCGCCUCCCUCCCUGUCCUCUUAUUCCUCUUCCUCCUCUCCCAUCCCCCCCACCUCCCCGAAAUCCCCGGGGCCGAGCUCCCUGACACUGAAGCCCCACUUCCUGGAAGACCUCAACCGCACCCUGAAGAGGAAGUCGGUGUCCCGCCAUGGCUCGCUCACGUCUUCCCACCUCAUCCCCUCCUCUAAGAUGGAGCCUGUGGGCACCAUGGACGACAUGGCGCUGCUACCGCCUCCUCCCCCCGAGCUCCUGCAGCAGCAGGGCGUCCGAGGACACUCCCAAACUUUGUCUCGCCACCACACGCACUCCCACUCCACCAAACAUGCCAACAUCUCAGGCUAUGCAACGCUGCGGCGAGGCCCUCCUCCCGCUCCUCCAAAACGGGACCAAAGCACCAAACUGACCGGUGACUGGUAGGGAGCGAGAACGCUGGGUGGAGCCUAAAGAACUGAACUGACUAUUUAGGUCUCAUGCAGAGAAGAAAUAAUCAAUGUCUGUCUUGACUUGUCCGUCUCUCCUCAUCCUAAACCAUCCACCCUUGGUUUCCGAGCAAGUAGCAAGCCGUCUUUCCUACUCUUAAUCUAAGAUUAUGAUUGUUCCUAUUAUCCUCAUUAUUACUAUCAUUACCAAUACAUGUUUAACCCAAUGACAUGAGUAAAAAAAAAAUAUAUAUAUAUAUGUAUAUAUAUAUAUCUGUAUACAAGCAAGCCAGAAAAAUCACCUAUCAAGCUUUUUUCACAAUGUCUGUGCAGCUUUGCAUUGAAAUAUACAAAAGACAAGACUUGAAUGACAACAGAGACGAUGUGCUGCACAAUACCUGGUACUGCAUGGAGGAAGUAACGUUACCGAUGAAGGGAAGGAGGGACCAACGGAAGGAAGGAGAGGUGUUGAAGUGGGGCGACGUGUAUAGAAAUGUAUGUUGUGAACUGGGGGGGGGGGCAUUGCCAUUUAUUUCAAACUUUUUGUGUGUGUUUUUAUAUAAGAUUAUUUAAUACUGGAAAGAUAUUAUUAUUAUUAUUAUAAUUAUUUUAAGUUUUUAAGAAGUGUCAAAAGAGAGUUUGACUGGACAUGGGUCUGUAUCUGAGUUACCGAACUCGUUCAUAUUUGGAUCAUUUCCUCUGAUUUUAUGUCUUUGUAUUUGGAGCAUCGUGGCUGGUUGGUUGGUGAGCCCACAGGAUAUAAGACUUAACUCAUAACUGCACACUGAUAGAAUACAUACGUUGUAAAUCAGAUAGAUAACCUGCAGGUAAGGCUGUGCUCAGAUUACAGGCGUUUUUUGUUCUCACGCGUCCCCUUCUCUCUGUAAGGUCCGAUGUCUUGGAGGCAAUCGGGACGUAGCGUGCACAUUUAGAUCUACCUUGACCUCCCCGACCUCAGCUGUCCAAAUAACAGAUCAUCCAGAUUUAAACUUGUUAAUAGUAUCAGUGCUGUCCCAAAGACGCCCUUUAAAUCUGAGCUCAGCCUGAGCAACAUCAAAACUAUUUGGAAACAUGUUGAUGGCAGACUUGGAAUAAACUCUAUAUUCAGUUUAUUCAACUUAGCAGUGAGGUAAUUCUUUGGUACCCGGCUACAAUGAACACUGUGACAGAAGGAGAUCAAGGAUUUGCUGGGUAAAUAAGUCAUGUUUGUCAUCUUUAACAACUGGUCACUUUUGCUCGUAGUUAUUAAACGAUUUGUGUUUACUUAAGCCCAGGGAACAAGUGCCUGAAAAAACUAAACGAAGCCCUGGAGGAGCUGGUGUGGGACAACAAGCAGCAACUAACACCGGUGGUAGUCAAACUAGCGCCACCCAGUGGUAGCAUCAAACAAUGUGCUCAUGCCGGGAGGCCUCAGUUGCAGCUGAACAGAAUUUGACAGGAGAAUCCUGUAACUGCUCCAACAUCCAGAUAUGAUUCGUUAUUUCUGAGUCGGGGUCAUUUCUGUGUGUUGCUUCUGCUCCUGCUGUUGUAAACAACAACAUUGUUUGUUGUUGUCACUUUAAACUGCAGCCUCAUCUACUGCGUUAGGUAUUCUAAUGAGGGACAAACACAGAGCUUCUUUGAAUUUUGCCUAAUUUCAGCCAGAUAUUUGAAAUCAUAACUUGAUUAACUGUAAGUCAAUAGACGGGAAAUUCAUCUGCAACAAGUUUUAUAAUAAUUGAAGUUGUGUUUAAAGCAGUAUCUCAAACAUGUAUUGGUUUUCUUAUGAUGGUGACCUGAAAUCUGUUGGGUUUUGGACUAUUGUUUGGACAGAAUUAGGAUUCUAAAUAUAGGCACAAGCUAUUCUCUGACCCUACUGACAUUACCUUAAGUGCUUAAAGGGUUUCCACACAAAGAGAAAGGAAGAGUGCACCAGGAGGUGUUGUAAGCACUCUAAAGCAGCAGCAGCAGCGGCACUUAGAGGAAGAGGCCUAAUGGAUACACCUCUGAGUCGCUUUGGGGAUGAGUUAUCUAGUUAGUCAGUACGUAAUGUCAGACAGGUCUGAUUGUUGUCUUUAGCAACAUGUUUGAAUGUCUGUUAGUCAGCGAAUAGUCCCAAUAGUAUGUUCCAUACAUCAGAUUAGAUACCCAGUCGGUUCAAUAGUUAGCUAGUCUGCGGGCAUCCUUCCACACUUUUACAGUUACAGAAACAUGAAACAAACUGUGUCCAGAUCAGCUGAUAAAGGCUUUUUUUAACAAUACAUUUACUGGUCAUAGGUUUUUUGAUGUGCAGCUGAACGUCGGUCUGGUUUCCUGUAUUUUAUCUCCGUUGCAGUAGAUUCAAAUGAUCCGCAUGUCCACCGGUGCAACAGCACAGACGCCAACUCCAGCUGUGAUUUUUAACGUGCAAUCGUUUCUGUUUUUUGAAGUACUCUGAUUUUAAUUUGAAUGUACAAUUGUCAUAGUUACAAAAUUUGUUUCAAUUAGUUUUAUGAUCAAAUCUGUUUUGUGAUAUUGUUCGGGGGGGGGGGGAAUUCACCCGAGGGAAGUACUUCCUGUGCCCACUGCCCUGCAGGAAAAUAAUCACUAAGUCUACAUCAUGGUGUAUUUCAGUGACACUCGAGAACAACAUGCAGUUUAAAACUGAUCAAUGUCGUGAAACAUCUUGCUCAAGGACACCCGGCAGAGCACACGGCUGCUGGGGUGUCAAACCUGCUGUUGCAUUUAAAAUAAAGGAGAAAUGAGUCAAACCAAA